CGCUCUCUGUUGAUGCUGUUCACCCUUCGCAGCUCACUCCGACUGCGAUUCCCCCUGCGAACAGCUCGCACCAUGGCCACCACCACUCGCCAGCAACCGGCGUGGAAAGCGCCCCAGCCCACCUCGACGCCGAAGCUCAAGGUUUACAACUCGCUCACGAGGGCGAAGAACGACUUUGUUCCCCUGAAAGAAGAUGGGGUGACUUGGUACAGCUGUGGGCCGACUGUAUACGAUGACGCGCAUUUGGGACACGCCCGCAAUUAUGUUACUAUAGACAUCCUGCGCAGAAUAGUGUCAAACUACUUCGAAUACCCCCUCCAAUUCGUCCAGAAUGUUACCGAUGUCGACGACAAGAUCAUAUUGCGGGGACGCCAGCAGCAUCUCCUCGAAUCCUUCUCCUCCGAGCACAAGACACUCGACACCGAAGUUGUUGAAAUAGCAACCAAAGCCUUCAAUGCCUACGUCCAAAAGAAUCUUCCCGAAUUACCUGCCGAUGUGAAACCGGAGUCAUUCGAUCUCGAGGCGAACAAAACAUAUAAAGCAGUGCUGGCUGGGAAGUCACUGGCUGGAGAUAAUGUCCCAGCUGGAGACAAAGAAGCGAAGGUGAAGAUGCACCUGAGGACGGCAGGUUCGGCAGCUGGAGCUUUGGUGGAGGCUGCGAAAGAUUCAAAGACAUUGGGGGUUGAGGACUUUUAUACUCGGACACAGGACGCCUUGCUUCCCUACCUAGAUUCCCUGUACGGCUCGAAGAUCGACGCCUCGGAUCACAGCAUUUUCACCAAGCUCACGCAAAAGUACGAGGCACGAUUCAUGGAAGACAUGCGAAACUUGAAUGUGUUGGACCCGGACGUGAUUACCAGGGUGACCGAGUUCGGUCCCCAGAUCAUCAAGUACGUGGAAAAGAUAUUGGACAAUGGAUUCGCCUACGUUACCUCGGAUGGGAGCAUCUACUUUGAUAUCAAGGCCUUUGAGGGAAAGCCAGGAAAUCAUUACGCGAGACUAGAGCCGUGGAAUCGCAAUGAUCAGAGCCUAUUGGCAGACGGCGAAGGAGCUUUGUUGAACAAGUCGAGUGAGAAGAAAAGUGACGGCGACUUUGCAAUCUGGAAAGCUUCAAAACCAGGAGAACCCUCAUGGCCGAGUCCGUGGGGGCCAGGGCGACCAGGUUGGCAUAUCGAGUGCAGCGUGAUGGCGAGCGACGUCUUAGGCGCGAACAUUGAUGUACAUUCUGGUGGCAUCGAUCUUUGCUUCCCUCACCACGAUAACGAACUAGCACAAGCGGAAGCAUACUGGUCUACUGGGAAGCCAGAGGGACACCAAUGGAUUAGGUACUUCCUACACAUGGGUCAUCUUAGCAUUUCUGGGUCCAAGAUGUCAAAGUCACUGAAGAACUUCACCACCAUCCGGGAAGCUCUGAGCACAGGCGACUUCAAUGCGAGGGGCUUACGUAUCAUCUUCCUCCUAGGCGGCUGGAAUCAGGGUGUAGAAAUCACCGAAGGCCUCCGAAAGCAAGCGACCAGCUGGGAGCGAUAUUUGGACAACUUCUUCCGGAAAGCCCUCGACGUGCAGAGGCAUCCAACCAAUCAUGAUUCUACAGACCAAGACGCCAAAGUCUGCGAAGCGCUAGCAACUGCUCAAACCACUCUCCACAACGCUCUCAGCGACUCCUUCGACACCCCUUCUGCUAUGAUGGCGAUCCAAAAGCUUGUCACCGAAUACAACGCCACCGACCGCACUAGUGUUACAGAUGAUACUCUUGUCGACGUUGCCAAAUGGAUCACACGUAUUGUACGAAUAUUCGGCUUAGACGGGACUGCCGACCCCAAUGAUGGCACCAUCGGCUGGUCCGGCGUCGAGAUUCCUGAGGUCGCGAAAGAGUUCGUCUUUGCCGCCAGUCGUGAACGCGAUGAAGUCCGAGCCCAUGCCAUAGCUAAAGAUCUCUCGGAUGAGACGCUCGACGCCAUCAUCUCGAAGGACACGGCGGCGAAACUGCAGGAUGCUGCGGCUGUACCAUAUGCCGAAGUACUGACGUCCUUCCAAGAAUCAUUGAAAGAGCUCGCGCACAGGAAAGCAGAUCCGAAAGAGUUCUUGGAUCUCUGCGACAAACUUCGGGAUAUAUCUCUCUGGGAUCUGGGUAUCUACCUAGAAGACCGCGACGGGCUGCAUGCGUUAGUCCGACCGGUCGAUGCGGAGCUCAGGGCAGCGCGUGAGCAAAAAGAGGAGCGGGAACGUGUGAAGAAAGAUGCUAAGGCGAAGCGGGAGGCAAAAGAAAAGGACAAGGCAGCGAAGAGGCUAGAGUCGGGCAAGGUGAGUGAAAAAGACUAUUUUCGAACGCCUGAGUAUAGUGCGUGGGAUGAGGACGGCCUGCCGACGAAGGACACCAAGGGGGAGGAGCUGCCGAAGUCCAGGUCGAAGAGGCUGAAGAAGGAGUGGGCACAGCAGAAAAAGCUGCACGAGGAGUGGCUAGCUAGCCAAGGCUAGUUAGUCAGUAAAUGCUUAGAGGUAGUUCAUUAUGCGGUGUCUGGAGUUCGUUGGGCGCGUUGGUAAAAAGCAUUCGAAUGGGUAUGGGCAUGUAGGCUUGCUGCUGUGGCUAGUUGGGAAUGCAUAUCCACUUUUCAGACACAGGCCUUUUUGCUAUCGUCCUGGAGCGGCGUAACGGAACAGUUGUAUAGUUGCAGAGGCUAACAAAAACUUGCGACUGCCAGUAUGCUUAGCACAUUGCACCUAGAUUUU